AUGAAACAUGCUGCAGUAGCUUGCAAACACUUGGGAUGUGGUUCUGCAGUUAGUGUCCAUAGUGCUGCCCACUUUGGAGAAGAUUCCACACCAUACUUGGUGGUAGGAGAUGUUUGUCAUGGGAAUGAGUCAACAAUCUGGGACUGCAGAUUUGAAAUCCAGACUAUAAAGUUAACAUGCUCUCAUCCUUUCAUUGCUGGAGUGACCUGCUCAGGCUACUCACAACCUCGGCUGGUGGGAGGAGACAAUCCCUGCUCAGGACGUGUGGAAAUAAGACAUGGUGAAACAUGGGCUACACUCUGUGAUGCACACUUUGAUAUCAAAGCUGCCAGUGUUAUCUGUAAUGAAUUAGAGUGUGGAAGAGCUUUAUCGGCCCCAGGAGGAGCUCACUUUGGAGAAGGACAUGGGCUGAUCUGGACUGAAGAUUUGCGGUGUGUGGGGAAUGAGUCACACCUUGCGUACUGUCUCAGGAUAUCACAUGUGAAUAAGACGUGCUCACAUGCAAAUGAUGCCAGUGCCAUAUGCUCACGGCACACAGGGCUCCAGCUGGUGAAUGGCAGCACAGAGUGCUCAGGGAGGGUGGAGAUCAAGGUUCGUGAUGUCUGGGGAACUGUCUGUGACUCACACUGGGAUCUAUCAGAUGCCAACGUUCUCUGUCAUCAGCUCAACUGUGGGUUUGCUGUAUCAGCUCCAGGAGGAGGGCAUUUUGGGAAAGGAACAGGCUUUGUCUGGACAGACACAUUUCACUGUAAAGGGACUGAACCCCAUUUGGGCCAUUGCCCUGUGACUGCUCUGGGGGCAUCUCCGUGCCCACAUGACAAUGAUGCCAGUGUGAUUUGCUCAGGUCAUUCAGAAUCACUCAGACUGCUGAAUGGAGAGAGCCGGUGCGAUGGGAGAGUUGAGAUUUCCCUCCAUGGCGUGUGGGGCAGAGUACUGGAUGACCAGUGGGACAUGAAUGAUGCCAGUGUGGUGUGCAGGCAGCUCCAGUGUGGAGUUGCUGAGAAAGCUUAUAACCCCCCUAAGUCUGAGCGAGGAACGGGCCCUGUGGGGCUGAGAAGUGUCCAGUGUGCAGGAAAUGAGACUCGUCUGACUCUCUGCAACAUCUCCGCAUUUGGGACAGCCCAGGCAGGAAUUACUGAGGAUGCCGGUGUCAUUUGCUCAGGGAGCAGGCGGAUCAGGCUGGUGAAUGGGCCAGGUCGCUGUGCUGGGAGAGUGGAGAUUUAUUACAAUGGCACUUGGGGAACAGUCUGUGAUGAUUUCUGGGACCUUCCAGACUCCAAUGUUGUUUGCAAUCAACUGGGAUGUGGACGUGCCAUCAAUGCAACUGUCUCUGCUCAUUAUGGGCAAGGAUCUGGGCAGAUCUGGCUGGAUGAUGUGAACUGCUCCGGGAACGAAUCUGAUCUUUGGGAGUGUCCUUCCGGGGGCUGGGACCAGCACAACUGCAGACAUAAAGAGGACGCAGGAGUUCUCUGCUCAGGUCUGUUCUAUCUGAGGCUGGUGAGCGACAGUGACUGUGCUGGGCGGCUGGAAAUUUUCUACAAUGGGACAUGGGGCAGUGUUUGCAACAGUCCUAUGGAUGAAGCCACCAGGGCACUUAUAUGCAACCAUUUGGACUGCGGAGACAGUGGGAUUCUUGAAAAAGACGUUACAUACGGAAUAGGCUCUGGCCCCACUUGGGUGGAUGGUAUUCGGUGCGAUAAGCAGCACGGUUCCCUGUGGGAAUGCCCGUCAGACCCAUGGAAUCAGCAGUCAUGUAACAGACGACAAGAAACCCACAUCUCUUGUGAAGGUAGGAGAGGGAAACCAUCUCAGAAUCCAUUUGCUGAAUGCCUGAACUCUACGAGCUGCACAGGCCAGGAGAAGUUACGCGUCAUGGGAGGAAAUGGAUGCUCGGGCAGAGUGGAGGUUUGGUACCGUGGUUCGUGGGGAACAGUUUGUGAUGACGGCUGGGACAUGGCAGAUGCUAACGUUGUGUGUAAACAACUGGGCUGUGGAUCUGCUGUAUCUGCCCCAGGCAAGACUGCAUUUGGCGAGGGGACUGGUCCCAUCUGGGUGGAGAAGGUGAACUGCAGAGGGACAGAGUCAUCUCUCUGGGACUGUCCUGCCAUGCCAUGGGGUGAGAGUAACUGUGAUCAUAAGGAAGAUGCUGCUGUGAAUUGCUCGGGUGUGACAGAAACAACAGCUUCACCAGCUACAACAGCUCCCCCACGCCGCCCUCUGACCGACAGUGGGAGAGUCACGGUGCCGGUUGUCAUCUGCAUUAUCCUGGGGGUCCUUCUCUGUCUGCUGUUAAUCAUUCUGGUUGUGCAGGUGCAGAGGGCCAGGGCACAGCACAGAGAUGCCACAAGACCCUCAGAUCCCGUGUAUGAGGAGAUUGAUUAUAACCUGAUGGGAGAGAAGCAGAUAUUGGGUCACUCAGUCUCCUAUGCAAAGGACUCAGUGACGAAACUGCAGUAUUACACCGGGGACAGUGAAGGGGGAAACGAUUCUGGAUCAGAACAAGAGGGAGCUUCCCCUGAGGGGUCUCAGUUGGAUUACGAUAACGUGGAGGAGCCUGCAUUGAAUGAUGACCCCCAGACUCCAGACAACCAAGAGGGCCAUGCCUUGCCUGGAGAUGUCCCUGGGGAUAGUUAUGACGAUGUCAGAGAAGUUUUUGACCCUGAAGAUGAUCCUGGUUCAGGGCAGUGUGCCCGGGAGGUUACUUUGGCCACUCGGGAGAGUGACAGGAACAGGGAUUCACAGAGAGAUUGGAAUCUGCACUCCCUGAGAAAUGAGGGGGCCUUAGGGACUGAGAGAGACAGCCCAUUCCCGCCUCCUGGAGACCCAGGUUAUGAUGACGUUGAAGCUGGCAUCCCUGAGACAUCAAUAUAAGAAUCACUGAGUUCCAAUCAAAUAUCAUGUGAGGAUGUAAAUGCUGUAUGAUUAGACUCUUUCUCUCUUAAAUGCUAACUGGGCAUGGGGACAUCAGAGAUAGUUCCUGUCAUGGAUCUAGUUCAGUCACCUUUUAUAUUGGGCUUUUAUGUAGUUGCAAGAAAUAUAAGUGUGACUGAGACAAGGUCUGUGACUUUCCCUGUAAUAUCUCAUUGAUCAGAUUGCCUGGAACUUG